GGGCUUUCGCGCUUCGCAGAGGGGUUGCUGCAUCCAUGCCUUCAGCCGUAAUGCCAGCUACGCCAGCCAGCCAGUCUCCCCUCGCCCUUUCCUCUCUCAGAAACGUCGACGAGCCAAAUAGUGAAAGACUACGCGGCUGGGGCCCCAAUGCAGGAUAAAGAGUCUCCCCACCGCCUCCUUCCUGCAACGUCAUUGGCUCAAAGUUGCCACGUGGGUGAGGGAGAAACAAGUUUCUGCGCUCGCCGCUCGAACGGAACAGUGUGCCUGUGCUGGCUCGGAGGAGCCACAAGUGUCAGUCAGUGGCUGAAAGAGCCGAGGCGCACUCGCCGGACCGAACGCCAACAUGGAUCAGCUCUUCGGGAACUUGAAGGGCUUCUUCAAGACCGACUUUACUAUCAUCGACAACAAUGUGUUCCGACUGCACUACAAGGCGACGGUGUGCAUCCUGAUAGCCUUCAGCAUCCUGGUCACCGGCAGGCAGUACAUCGGUGAUCCCAUCGACUGCAUCUCCAAGGACGCCGUGCCACCGAACCUACUGGAUACGUUCUGCUGGAUCCACACGACCUUCUCACUCACAGACGCCUGGCACAAAAAGGUCGGUGUCCAGGUGCCCUACCCCGGUGUGGACAAGUACACGCCGGGCGAAAAACGUGUAUACCAUGCCUACUACCAGUGGGUGUGCUUCGUUUUAUUUCUACAAGCGGUCCUCUUCUACGUACCGCGCUACUUCUGGAAGGCCAUCGAAGGAGGACGCGUCAAGAACCUUAUCUUGGGCCUGAACAACCCGAUUCUUCCCGAAGAGGCGAAAGAGAAUAGUAAAAAGCUAUUGGUCGAGUACCUGUCGAUCAACCUCAACAACCACAACCUGUUUUUCUACGGCUACGUGGCGGCGGAGGUCAUGAACUUCGUCAAUGUUGUCGGCCAGAUGUUCCUCAUGGAUAUGUUCUUGGGCGGCGAAUUCUCCAGCUACGGUUCCAAGGUGCUGCAGUUCACCGAGUGGGACUGGUCCGUACGGUACGACCCCAUGAUCAAGGUCUUUCCGAGGCUAACAAAGUGUACCUUCCACAUGUAUGGUUCUUCCGGAGACGUGCAAAAGCACGAUGCCAUGUGCAUCCUGCCCAUCAACAUCAUCAACGAGAAGAUCUACGUCUUCCUCUGGUUCUGGUUCAUCAUUCUGGCGAUCAUGUCCGGUGUUGUCCUCAUAUACCGGGCGGUGAUCAUCUUCAUCCCCAGGGUGAGGUUCAUUGUUCUUCGAAACCGAGCUAAGCUGGCCAACAAGGACUACGUCGAGAGGGUGUGCGACCGCAGCAAGCUGGGAGACUGGCUUGUGCUCGACCUUCUCUGCAAGAACAUUGACCCGAUCAACUUCAGAGAUCUCAUCAACGAGUACGUCCGUCGCCUCGACCACAAGAGUCUUGACAACGCGUAACACGCACUGCCCCCUUCGAUUUAUGAAGGUAGUUUUUGAGGUUGCAUGCAUGACGUUGUCCUUUUUACUCGUAGGCAACAAAUCCGCAUCGGGUCUUUUUUCUUUGUUCUACUUCUAGGGCUUUUAAAGUUUUCCGUCACGUCAUUCCAUGAAAGAGUAAAAAUGAAAGGGUCCAAUUUUGUCUUCGUUGUUCUAACUUGCUAGAAAUAAGAAGAGAAACAGCUGGUAAAAAAACACGCAGCAGUCUUGUUUUUCGUAAGGAGCGAAAGUUUGCAGGCGAGCUGGUUGGCAAACAAUCUAAACCCUGAGUCUUGUCCGUUAUUUUCUUUGUCUCAGAGUUUAGGUUAUGUUGUUUCUCGUGCAGCGUUUUGCAUUUAGCAUAGCGAAUAGAAGUGCCAAUUUUAUGAAGAGAUCUGACUUAUCCAGCGCGGGACCAGCCGAUGUAGCGCUGAUACUAUUUUUGUGAAUCUCUUACACGUUUCAUUGUCUAUGCAAAGCCUGAAGAACAAAGGGUAUUUAUGAAAAGAAAAGAAACCAUGCAAUGUGACUAUACGUAGUUACGCAAGCAGUGUGUUGUUUUUGUUUUAUUUUUCUUUCGAGCAAAAACAUUUUGGUCAAGUCAACGCUUCGCCUAUACUCUGCCCGAUGUCAAGGUACCAAGAAUGGCAAUAUAUUUUUUUAGAAGUCUACCUUUACUCUGUGCCUUUGGCAAAAGCAACAAAAAUCCAACGUCUUCCAGCGUAUUUCGUGGCGACUCGUCUCUUAUUUAACGUUGCACAGAGACCAUGUCGCACGCCAUCCUCUCAUGUGUUAUGUCUGCGGUCGCGUAUGAUUGCUUCAUUUUGUCAUGUUGCUCGUUUCCAGGAGAGAGGUCGGAAUAUUUUUGUACUUGUGUUUGCUUAGGGCGCAAUGCAAUGCAAGAUGGUUGCGGUGCUGUGAACCUGCAGUAGACUACUGUAGAGAGGAAUGUACGAACGUGAUGUCUUGUUUCGUUGUCCCUUUUUUUUUUUUUCUUUCUUUGGCGUAUCAUUAAACUGUACCAGGAAGAGACUGCCACUAUUAUUCAUCUUUUUUUUUCUUGUCGUUUUACGCGUACGUGAACGGAUUUUUUUUUACUACCUAAGGUACAUUGUAAGAUAGUGUGAUAAUGAUUUUCUUUUUAUUUUUCUCAUUGCUUUUUUUGCUGGUUUUUGUAAGAAUGCAAGAGCAAGUCUGGAUGUCCUUCUUUAUGAAUAAAUGUUAUAUGCAGAA